AUGGCUAACAAUUUCCCAAGUGUGGUUCUUGGUUCUCCAGUUUCUCGCAUUGAAGCACAGAGUGAGGAGGAUGACAUGUACAUGCAGCUAGAUGUGAACUCGGAUUUAUAUCCUAUGCAUAUAGGGGAAAAAUAUAGAAUGGUUUUAGCUCAAACUCUGAAUUUGGAUGGAUCAGCUGUUACUAGUUAUUUCCCUGAGGUAAUCUAA